GCCGGAAUGACAGGCGAGUGUGGAGGGGAUCCGAUAUAAAAGUCUUUUAUCACCACCGUGUGGAUCGAGUGUGGAGGGAAUCGGACAUAAAACAGUAUUUUAUCGCCUUGUAGCAACUUACUAAGAUGAGAAGAUCGGCUGCUCCGAGCCAGCUCAGCGGCAAUGUGGCUAAAAGAAUGAAAUUCAUCCCUCCCAGCAAAACCACUAAUCGUGCGCCUGUGUCAGGGGACACUAGACUCUUGAACAGGAACGAGCUACAUAAUGACCGUGGUGAUCCCCUGUUGCAGUCCAAAGCAGUGGUUACACAAUGUGAAAGGCUUCAGACCUGCUCUUCUCCACAAACCUCGGGAAAUGUGGAUGAACAUUGUCAUUUGGAAAUGUCUAAACCUGAUCACCUGACCAUCUCGCCUGGUUUUCCUGUCAAGUUUCGAGGUACAAAUCAUGUCGAGGAUGCUUCUGCCCAGAAACAGUUGAAGCCAAAACAACCACUUGAAAUAAGAAAGCAACUCGAGAGGCCAACGCCACUGAUGUCACUUCAGCCUUCAAGUGUGGCGAAGCACACGGGAGAGAAUGCCACUGACACGUUUGUUGCAUACUACAGUGUCCUGUGGUGUAAGGCGUCAAAGAAGAAACACAAGAAGUGGGAGGGAGAUGCAGUUUUGAUUGUUCGGAAGACGUCUGUGCUUCUGAAGGACAUAGAAGGCAAAGACAUUGGAAAAGGAACAGGAUAUAAAUUAAAAGAACUUGCAUCCCUUUCUGAAGGCCAGACGUUAAUGAUUGGUGGGAAGGAGAUAGAGAUUAUGGGAACGAUUUCAACAGAGGACUUUAUGAGUGGCCGCUGCUUCCACACUACAGCUGCUGCUUCUUCAGAUCUGUCACGGCCACCCACCUCGCAGCCGCCUUUGCUUAAACAGUUUACUUGCCCACUGAGGAAUGCUGCUGGACUGAGCCAAACAGAAGACUUUAAAAAACCCUUAAUGGACUAUAAGCCUCGGCAUGAUCCACAUGCACCAAAUGCUUUAGUAAUGCCACGGCCAAAUCUGAGUCACCAGUGGAUCUUCAAUAAAGCUGGUCUGCCAGUGGUGGAUGUGGUGGUCGAUCCCUACCUGACCGUACACUUCCGACCUCACCAGAGGGACGGUGUCAUUUUCCUCUAUGAGUGUGUCAUGGGAAUGAGGACAUCUGGCAGGUUCGGUGCUAUUCUGGCUGAUGAAAUGGGUUUGGGGAAAACCCUGCAGUGUAUUGCCCUGAUUUGGACCCUGAUGCGCCAAGGACUUUAUGGGAACAAGCCUAUCAUCAAGAAGACUCUUAUAGUCACACCAGGAAGUCUUGUGAAGAACUGGGUCAGCGAGUUCCACAAAUGGCUUGGACCGGAGAGGUUAAAAGUUUUUGCAGUGGAUCAGGAUCAUAAAGUAGAAGACUUCAUCGCUUCGCCACUGUACUCGGUUCUUGUCAUCAGCUAUGAGAUGUUGCUGCGGUGCCUGGAACAAAUUCAGAGCAUUCAAUUUAACCUAUUAAUCUGUGAUGAAGGACACCGUUUAAAAAACAGCUCGAUUAAGACAUCCACGGCAAUUCUUAGCCUCUCUUGUGAGAAAAGAGUGAUUCUCACUGGUACUCCAAUACAAAAUGAUCUUCAAGAGUUCUACUCUCUGGUAGAAUUUGUGAAUCCAGGUGUCCUAGGAUCUUCAUCCACUUACAAAAAGAUUUAUGAGGAACCUAUUGUCCGAUCACAGCAACCUUCUGCGACCAAGGAUGAAAAGCAGUUAGGUGAAGAAAGGGCAGCUGAGCUAUGCCGAUUAACUGGGCUCUUCAUACUUCGGCGCACACAGGACAUCAUUAACAAUUACCUCCCUCCAAAGACUGAAUGGAUCAUCUUCUGCCGCCCCACUGUGCUGCAGCUCGAACUCUAUCACAAGCUACUGUCGUCUCACACGGUGAAAUCUUUCCUGCAGGGAACGCUGGAUAACAGCCUCCACUUAAUAUGCAUAGGGUUACUGAAGAAACUCUGCAAUCACCCUAUGCUUCUUUAUAAUACAAUAAAGGGAAAUGAAAAUUGCUCCAUAAAUCCCGAUUUUGAUCCACAGUUGGACAUGAACCCUUACAAAGAUCUGACCAGCAUAUUUUCAAUGAACUAUGAACCAGAUGCAUUCACUGCCACGGGUUCAGGGAAACUAAAAGUUUUGAGAGAUCUUCUGGCGGGCAUUCGUUCACAGAGUUCGGCUGAAAGAGUUGUGCUUGUUUCAAACUAUACUCAGACGCUGGACCUCUUGCAAGAAAUGUGCACGUCCUCUGGAUACAGCCACACCCGAUUGGAUGGACAAACCCCCGUCAGCCAUCGACAGCACAUUGUGGAAUCGUUCAACAGCAAGCACAGCCAGCACUUUGUCUUCUUACUCAGUUCAAAGGCUGGCGGAGUUGGAUUAAAUCUGAUCGGAGCAUCUCGUUUGGUUCUGUAUGAUAUCGACUGGAAUCCAGCAAAUGAUAUCCAGGCAAUGGCCAGAGUCUGGAGGGAUGGUCAAAGGAGGCCUGUGCACAUUUACCGACUGCUAACUACAGGAACGAUAGAAGAGAAAAUUUAUCAGCGACAGAUUAGUAAACAAAGUUUAUCUGGGGCAGUGGUCGACCUGAAAAAGAAGCGAGACCAUGCCAGCUUUUCCCUGGAAGAACUAAGAAAUCUUUUUGAAUUGGAUGAAGGCUCUGAUUGUCUGACUCAUGACCUCCUCUCUUGCACCUGCCUGAGAAAUGGGGAACUAUCAGUGGCAAACGCGGCAGAAAAGUACCAGAAUCCUCGAUCUUGUCAACUGAACCGGAGCUCAGGAAUGGUUGAUUCCCAGGAGAACCUUUCCAUGUCCGAACUAAUGUACUGGAAACACUACUCUGGAAAAGUCCAACACAUUCCAGAUCCUUAUCUUGAAAGCACAAAAGAAAAUAUAACCUUCCUGUUUCAAAACAUGACAAAACCACAGACUGUGUUCAGCUGAGGAGCCAAUGGAAACAAGUACACAUGCCUGCACUGGAAUUUCAUUUCAAGUUCUACUGACUUUGUUUAGAAGUUUGGAUGAAUGUUGUUUUGGAUUAUCCAUGGCUUAUCUGUUCUUCUCAGGUUUGGUGUUGUUGAUCAAAGUAUACGUAAUAAAUUUGAACUUUGAGCAUUGAAUGUUGAAGUUGGAAGCUUUCAGUGGCGAGAGUAGGUUUGUUGUGAAGGUGUUCAUCAAUGCAGGAAAAACUUCUUUUCUGUGUGUGUACCCAAAUCAUCCCUUAACAGGGUCACUUCAAAACAUUUCUAAGAUCACAGGUGUUAGAAACGACAAAUUAUCAGUUUGAACUGGAUUAUAUAAAAGUUUGUCUAGUGGAUUAACCAUUUAAUCUGCACACAAGCUCAGAAAUUAAUCAUAUUAUUUUUUUCAUAUUCUGACAAUGAUUUGAAUACAUUUUCCCUGCAAAGUAGUGGCAAUAUCUAGAGAUUAGUAUUGACAUUGGAUUACAAUCUCCUACCAUCACACAGUACUGUGCCACAGUCUUAGGCACAUUAAUAUAACUAGGGUUCCGAAGACUUUUGCACAGCACUGUAUUUGUCAACAUUGAGCCAAGAGUGAGUUUGUAAAUUUGGCAGGAGCACAGAAGCAAAGUACUUUGGGAAUGAUGAGGGUGGUGCGCCAUGAGUAGGGUGUGGGACAGGGGUCAAAGAAGGAGUGCCAGGGACAGGGGGUGGUGCAAGUGCAGGCUCACCCAGCCCUGAGGCACAAGACAAGGUCAUUCCAAACAAUUGGUUUAUUGAACAAUAGGCUUAAUAAAGCACUGAUGGGGCCUCACUUAGAGUAUUGUGAGCAGGUUUGGGCCCCUUAUCUAAGAAAGGAUGUGCUGACAUUGGAGAGGGUUCAAAAGAGGUUCACAAAAAUGAUUCCAGGAUUGAAUGGCCUGUCAUAUGAAGAACAUUUGAUGGCUCUGGGUCUGUACUCACUGGAAUUCAGAAGAAUGAGGGGUGACCUCAUUGAAACCUAUUGAAUGGUGAAAGGCCUUGACAGAGUGGAUGUGGAGAGGAUGUUUCCUAUUUUGUGGGAGUCUAGGUCCAGAGGACACAGCCUCAGAAUAGAGGGGCGUCCUUUUAGAACAGAGGUGAGGAGGAAUUUCUUCAACCAGGGAGUGGUGAAUCUGUGGAAUUCAUUUCUACAGGCAGCUGGGAGAGGUCAAGCCUUUUAAAGACAGUGGUUGAUAGAUUCUUGAUUGGUCAGGGCAUGAAGGGAUAUGGGGAGAAAACAGCAGACUCAAUGGGCCAAAUGGUCUAAUUCUGCAUCUAUAUCUUAUGGCCUUUAUGGUCUUAUUACAGAACAUCUCUCUGGUGCUUCUCGCUCCCUCCCCACCCCUUUCCUCUCUUCCCAAGCAUGAAUCAGAUUUAUCAUCACUCACAUACAUCAUGAAAUUGGUUUAUUGUUAGCGGCAGCAGUACAGUGCAAUUCAUAAAAUUACAACAGUACAGUACAAAGGUCUCAGGCUCCCUAGUGAUAUAUAUAUGUGCCCAAGACUUCUGCAUAGUACUGUACGUGCUGAGAUUAUGUAAAGAUUUCUGUAUAUUUUGAUAGCCUAAUGGCAUCUUUCCCUUGUGGAAUCUGCUUUGAAUGACUGCACAACAACUAAGUGAAAUAUUUGGCAUCAGAACAGGGUCAGAGUGUAGUAACUAAUCAGUUUCCCCAUCGAGCCUGGUGGUCACAUUGUUUUCAUGACUUGCGUUGUUUCAUGCGACUGAGUUGCAGUUUGCAGAAUCACUUUUUAA